GUAUAAAUGAAAAGUGCUGUCUGUAGCCUUUUAUCAUACCAAAAUGGCAUCCAAAACAAAAGUUCUUUUAUAUGUCUUUCUCAUGACAUUUACUUAUGCUGAGAGCUACGGAUAUGGCUCAUGCCGGUACAACUGUGGAAGAUAUACGUCCGAUUGUUCCUGUGAUUACAAUUGUUGGUAUAAUGGCAGUUGUUGCUCCGAUUUUUGUGAUGAAUGUUCUUACAUGGGCAAUGGAUACUGUCAUUCCAAUUUCGCAACAGAGUUUACUACAUUAUCAACAACAGCCCCUCCUGAAAUAACGUCAACACCAGCAGUAACAGCAGAUAUCGUUUCAUGCCAAGAUAACUGUGGAGCAUAUAACUCUGUGUGUUCCUGCAGUUAUGACUGUUCUUACUAUGGCAACUGUUGCCCAGAUUUCUGUGAUCAGUGUGCUUACAUGAAUUCUGGAUACUGUGGUGAAUAUUCAACAACAGACUUUAUUACAACAGCAGAAACAUCAAUAGCAUCAACAACAGAAAUCGAUUCAUGCCGAUACAACUGUGGAGGGUAUGCAUCGGGAUGUUCCUGCGAUUAUAACUGUGCUUACUAUGGCAACUGCUGCCCAGAUUUCUGUGCUCAGUGUUCUUACAUCAAUUCUGGAUACUGUUAUGCCACUACAUCUAGCCCUACUUGUGGAGGGUACCUGGAUGCUGCCAAUGGAACUAUCAGUAGUCCCAAUUAUCCAUACAACUAUCCAGAUAAUGCAGCAUGCUUUUGGUACAUAAGAAGAAACGUAAACCAAAGAAUCGUGCUGGUAUUCACUGAAAUACAGCUAGAAGUUACAUCAAGUUGUUCAUACGAUUAUAUUGAAGUUUUUAAUGGGCCAUCAACGCAUAGUGAUUUGCUUUCAAAAUUUUGUCAAGGAUCACAUCUGAGAUUUGUAUCAUCAUACAAUAGUAUGACAAUUUAUUUUAGAACUGAUUCCAGUGUUACUAGACGUGGGUUUACAGCAAACUACUACACUCUGGACAAUGAUGAAGUCGGUUCAUGCCGAUAUAACUGUGGAGGAUAUUCAUCAGGAUGUUCCUGCGAUUACAACUGUCCUUACAAUGGCAACUGCUGCCUGGAUUUCUGUACUCAGUGUUCCUACAUCAAUUCCGGGUACUGCGGUGAAAACUCAACAACAGCAGUGACAGCAGCAUCGACAACAGAAAUCGAUUCAUGCCGAUACAACUGUGGAGGGUAUGCAUCGGGAUGUUCCUGCGAUUAUAACUGUGCUUACUAUGGCAACUGCUGCCCAGAUUUCUGUGCUCAGUGUUCUUACAUCAAUUCUGGCUAUUGCAAUGCUGUUAGCACCACUGUUGGGUACGGCUCAUGCAGAUACAACUGCGGAGGACAAUCUUCAGGUUGUUCCUGUGAUUACAAUUGUUGGUACAAUGGCAGCUGUUGCUUUGAUUUCUGCGACCACUGCUCUUACAUGGGUGACGGAUACUGUUAUGCCACUACAUCUAGCCCUACUUGUGGAGGGUACCUGGAUGCUGCCAAUGGAACUAUCAGUAGUCCCAAUUAUCCAUACAACUAUCCAGAUAAUGCAGCAUGCGUUUGGUACAUAAGAAGAAACGUAAACCAAAGAAUCGUCCUGGUAUUCACUGAAAUACAGCUAGAAGGUACAUCAAGUUGCUCAUAUGAUUAUAUUGAAGUUUAUGAUGGGCCAUCAACGCAUAGUGAUUUGCUUUCAAAAUUUUGUCAAGGAUCAUAUCUGAGAUUUGUAUCAUCGUACAAUAGUAUGACAAUUUAUUUUAGAACGGAUUCCAGUGUUACUAGACGUGGGUUUACAGCAAACUACUACACUCUGGACAAUGAUGAAGUCGGUUCAUGCCGAUAUAACUGUGGAGGAUAUUCAUCAGGAUGUUCCUGCGAUUACAACUGUCCUUACAAUGGCAACUGCUGCCUGGAUUUCUGUACUCAGUGUUCCUACAUCAAUUCCGGGUACUGCGGUGAAAACUCAACAACAGCAGUGACAGCAGCAUCGACAACAGGUACGGAAAAUAUUUUCAAGAAAAUCUAUUCAUUCAUUUUUCAAUCAUUAAAGUCCAUGACCGUUGUGUGA